AUGCCGAAGAAUUUGGAGGAUAUUGAUCCAGACCACUUCUUUAAAAAGGUAACACGAUACACAACAAAGGUUCCAAGUUCAACAAGUUCCAAUGCAGGUCAGAAAGGUAUCAAGUUCAACAAGUCCCAAUGCAGGUCAGAAAGGUUCCAAGUUCAACAAGCCACAAUGCAGGAACAAGUCAACAAGUCAACAAGUCCAGCAACAAGUCAACAAGUCCAGCAACAAGUCAACAAGUCCAGCAACAAGUCAACAAGUUCAGGAACAAGUCAACAAGUCAACAAGUCCAGGAACAAGUCAACAAGUCAGCAACAAGUCAACAAGUCCAGCAACAAGUCAACAAGUCAACAAGUCCAGCAACAAGUCAACAAGUCCAGGAGCAAGUCAACAAGUCCAGCAACAAGUCAACAAGUCCAGGAACAAGUCAAGAAGUCAGCAACAAGUCAACAAGUCCAGGAACAAGUCAACAAGUCAGCAACAAGUCAACAAGUCCAGCAACAAGUCAACAAGUCCAGGAACAAGUCAACAAGUCCAGCAACAAGUCAAGAAGUCAGCAACAAGUCAACAAGUCCAGCAACAAGUCAACAAGUCAGCAACAAGUCAACAAGUCCAGCAACAAGUCAACAAGUCCAGGAACAAGUCAACAAGUCCAGCAACAAGUCAACAAGUCCAGGAACAAGUCAAGAAGUCAGCAACAAGUCAACAAGUCCAGCAACAAGUCAACAAGUCCAGCAACAAGUCAACAAGUCCAGGAACAAGUCAAGAAGUCAGCAACAAGUCAACAAGUCCAGCAACAAGUCAACAAGUCCAGGAACAAGUCAAGAAGUCAGCAACAAGUCAACAAGUCCAGGAACAAGUCAAGAAGUCAGCAACAAGUCAACAAGUCCAGCAACAAGUCAACAAGUCAGCAACAAGUCAACAAGUCCAGGAACAAGUCAACAAGUCCAUCAACAAGUCAACAAGUCCAGGAACAAGUCAAGAAGUCAGCAACAAGUCAGUAAGUCCAGCAACAAGUCAACAAGUCCAACAACAAGUCAACAAGUCCAGGAGCAAGUCAAGAAGUCAGCAACAAGUCAACAAGUCCAGCAACAAGUCAACAAGUCAGCAACAAGUCAACAAGUCCAGCAACAAGUCAACAAGUCCAGGAACAAGUCAACAAGUCAGCAACAAGUCAACAAGUCCAGCAACAAGUCAACAAGUCCAGGAACAAGUCAAGAAGUUAGCAACAAGUCAACAAGUCCAGCAACAAGUCAACAAGUCCAGGAACAAGUCAAGAAGUCAGCAACAAGUCAACAAGUCCAGCAACAAGUCAACAAGUCAAGGAACAAGUCAAGAAGUCAGCAACAAGUCAACAAGUCCAGGAACAAGUCAAGAAGUCAGCAACAAGUCAACAAGUCCAGCAACAAGUCAACAAGUCCAGGAACAAGUCAACAAGUCAGCAACAAGUCAACAAGUCCAGCAACAAGUCAACAAGUCCAGGAACAAGUCAACAAGUCAGCAACAAGUCAACAAGUCCAGCAACAAGUCAACAAGUCCAGGAACAAGUCAACAAGUCAGCAACAAGUCAACAAGUCCAGGAACAAGUCAACAAGUCAGCAACAAGUCAACAAGUCCAGCAACAAGUCAACAAGUCAGCAACAAGUCAACAAGUCCAGCAACAAGUCAACAAGUCCAGGAACAAGUCAACAAGUCAGCAACACGUCAACAAGUCCAGGAACAAGUCAAGAACAACAAGUCAACAAGUCCAGGAACAAGUCAACAAGUCAGCAACAAGUCAACAAGUCCAGCAACAAGUCAACAAGUCCAGGAACAAGUCAAGAAGUUAGCAACAAGUCAACAAGUCCAGCAACAAGUCAACAAGUCCAGGAACUAGUCAACAAGUCAGCAACAAGUCAACAAGUCCAGCAACAAGUCAACAAGUCCAGGAACAAGUCAACAAGUCAGCAACAAGUCAACAAGUCCAGCAACAAGUCAACAAGUCCAGGAACAAGUCAACAAGUCAGCAACAAGUCAACAAGUCCAGCAACAAGUCAACAAGUCCAGGAACAAGUCAACAAGUCAGCAACAAGUCAACAAGUCCAGCAACAAGUCAACAAGUCCAGCAACAAGUCAACAAGUCAGCAACAAGUCAACAAGUCCAGGAACAAGUCAACAAGUCCAUCAACAAGUCAACAAGUCCAGGAACAAGUCAAGAAGUCAGCAACAAGUCAACAAGUCCAGCAACAAGUCAACAAGUCCAGGAACAAGUCAACAAGUCCAGGAACAAGUCAACAAGUCAGCAACAAGUCAACAAGUCCAGCAACAAGUCAACAAGUCCAGGAACAAGUCAACAAGUCAGCAACAAGUCAACAAGUCCAGCAACAAGUCAACAAGUCCAGGAACAAGUCAACAAGUCCAGCAACAAGUCAACAAGUCCAGCAACAAGUCAACAAGUCCAGCAACAAGUCCAGGAACAAGUCAACAAGUCCAACAACAAGUCAACAAGUCCAGGAACAAGUCAAUAAGUCCAGCAACAAGUCAACAAGUCCAGGAACAAGUCAACAAGUCCAGCAACAAGUCAACAGUCCAGGAACAAAUGAGUGUCGUGUUGAAGUCUCCUCAUAUGACAAGUUACAAAUGUAUCCAGUUUCAUCGUGCACGCUGGCCUGGGCAUGUACCAGGGACAGGAACCAACUCAGUGUUGCAGGCGAGGUGCAUGUUGCAAUGUCAUCAUUUGACCCGAAGUGGGUUAAAACAACAGGUACAACAGCCGUCCCCACCACCUACACACGGACGUCCUCAGCCAAUGAUGGUGACAUGGCACUGAGUCAACGUUGA